UGUACGCACGCAUCGAUCGGCAAAGGUUAGAGUGCAUCACCAUUGUCACCUGAGAUGGCAACUAAAAUCAUUUAUUUUACUGUAAAUGGAAGACCAGAACAAGCUGAGUUUCCCAUUGACUGUCCUGCACAAGAUGUUAAAGAUCUUUUCCGAGCUGCAGCUGAGGCAGGACCUCAUGACAUCUUAAAACUCUAUAAUACUAAAGGCAAUAUCAUUAAUAUUUCCCCACAACUGGCCCACAAUAGUCCACACUCCUGCUAUAAACUGGAAGUGGUUGCUGCAGACUGUAACAGUGAGCUGUUAGGUUCAGAUCUGGCCGUUGCUCUGGGAUUUGACCUCUCUUCUAUGGAGAAAAGGUUACAGAGCCUGGAGAAAAGAAUACUUACUGAAGCAGCAGAGACACCUGCCAUUGUGUAUGAGAUGAAGAGACAGGUGGAGUCCUUCAGAGAGAAACUGGAGAGCGUUGAGCACCUGAGCUGGUUGGGACUGUUUAAAGACAUGUCCGAGGGCACCCACAAGCCCUCCCCAUUCUACCAUAAAAGAACUCUGCGCAAGACCCGCGAAGAGUGUGAGCACGUCAGGGAAAAGUUCCUGCAAAUGAGCUCUCUGGAGGUUUCUGAAGAGGUGAGACAGUAUCUUAAAACACCAACCUUUGAUAACUGGCAAUGGGAGGACGCUGAGAUCAUGGUGCUGCUCCAGGUGAUGUACACAGAUCUGGACUUCAUCUCAACCUUCAACAUUGAGCUGGACGUGUUGCAGCAGUUUCUUUAUGAAGUGUACCGCCGCUACAAUAACAUCCCCUUCCACAACUUCAAGCACUGCUUCUGCGUCACUCAGAUGAUGUAUGGACUAAUAUGGCUAACAGAUCUCAGAAGCAAGAUUGACAGUAUUGACCUCCUCAUCAUGCUAACCUCAGCUGUCUGUCAUGAUCUAGAUCACACUGGCUACAACAAUGCAUACCAGAUUAAUGCACGCACUGAGCUCGCCUUGAGGUACAAUGACAUCUCCCCGCUGGAAAACCACCACUGCGCUGUAGCUUUUGAAAUCCUGGAAAAGAGUGAAAGCAACAUUUUUCGAAACUUGCCGACAGAGCAAUACAAAAGAAUAAGAGAGGGCAUAAUUAAGUGUAUUCUCGCUACUGAUAUGACCAGACAUACCGAGAUCCUCAACAAGUUCAAAGCUAUUCUCCCUGUGUUUGACUUCAGCAACAAAGAUCACAGAGAUGUGUUGAUGAUGAUCAUGAUUAAAGUGAGCGACAUCUCCAAUGAAGCGAGACCCAUGGAUGUGGCAGAACCGUGGCUGGACUGUCUACUGCAGGAGUUCUUUAAUCAGAGUGACAUGGAGAAGUUGGAGGGUCUUCCUGUCACUCCCUUCAUGGAUCGAGACAAGGUGACCAAACCGUCUUCUCAGACUGGAUUCAUCCGCUUUGUUCUCUUUCCUCUCUUCAUUGAAUUGGCUAAUCUUUUCCCCUGUCUGGAGCAACACAUCAUUGACCCAGUGCGGAAAGCUCUGGACUAUUACACAGAGAUGGAGAAAGCUCUGGAGAGGGAGAAACAGAACCGGGCCCAGAGUGAGAAGGUGGUCAAGCCCAGCACCUCGAAAGAGCCAGAAACUCAACCGGAACCUGGUGGGACCACAAAAACAGUCAACCUCUAAUUUAACCUCACACUCCAAAAUUUCAUUCUAUAAUCAAAAUGUCAAAAAGCGGAGUUUCAGAAUUGUGCUUUAAGGUUUAAAGUAAAUGUGUUUACACUCUCAAAAAUAAAGGUGCUUCACAAUGCCAUAGAAAUUUUUGUCUAAAUUGUUCCAAAAAGAACCUGUCUGUUUCACAAAAGGUACUUUGUGGCAAAAGAAGGUUCUUUGUGGAUCCAAAAAUGGUUAUCUAUGGCAUUAAGCACCUUUAAUUUUAAGAGUGUGUGCUUUUACCAGCUAAAUAUACUUAUAUAUUUAUAUAUUUUACCAGCUAAAUAUACUUAUAUAGUUUCACUCCAUAUUUGCAGUGGAGGCCACAAAGUAAUAGUACUUAUAUUUAGGGCUUUCUCAUUUCAUAUAAUGUCACACGUUUGCAUUAUUAACAGCAUCUGGUGUAAAACUACUUAAUAAAAAGUAAUAAAAUCACAGUGUCUGCUGACUUUUUUCUUUCUUUUUUAAUAGAAAUUCAUCAUUUUUGGUCAUGAAUGUAGUGAACAUGCACAGUUAGCCCAGCAGAUGGUGCUACUAGAAGCUACAAUUUCAUAGGCAUGAGAGAGGAGGCUAUAAAGUGAACUGUAUUAAUGCUAUAAGUGUCACUGCUAUGUGCAUUAUAGAAAGACCCGAUGUCACUGAUUUUACUGUGCCUCUGAAAAAGUGGGGAUUAAAACCAGAAACCAUCACAGCACUCUUUUUACAUUCAAAUUUAUUUUACAAAAGAAAACUUACUUCGUUGUACACAUCUAUUUCCCCCAAAACAUAUAGCGUCUCUUUAUUCUGACGAUGCAAAUGGAUUAUUAUGCAUGCAGUUUUGUAUUUCUAUCAAAUACCGUCCUGCACAAGUAAUACCCACAAUUCAAUUUGAACUCCAUUUGAAGCCAUUAGGUUGCAGAGGCAGGUAAAGCAUUAGCAUGCAGCACUGUACACAUUUGCAUAGUAAAUGGAUAUCACUUCUUUUGGAUUAAUUUCUCAUUGCCUUUUACCAACAUGCCAUUGCAUUAAACAGAAUUCUGACUUGAGGAAAAAAAAUCUGUUGCUCUCAGGAAGGAAGGUAAUUUUGUUUUUAUCGGGAUGGUGGAUAUAUAGGAAGAACAUUGUUUUUUACAAAAUGAAUGAAUUCUGUUGACAAUUUACCACAGACAGAAUGACAUUUGAAACUUCAUAUAGGAUCAAAAUGCUUUUAAAUAAAUCCAAAGAAACAUUCCUUUUGCAAAAGUUGUGGGGAAAAAAAAUCAAACGUACCUUAUUAUGAAGUUAAGGCACAGAGUUACUGGCUGGGAAUGUAUUGACCGAAACUGCAAUUAAUAAUAAUACUAAUAGUAACAGCAAUGGUGGUCCUGAGUGUUGGCUACAAUACUGACUCCAAAAUGACCAAAGCACCUUAAAGUGCCCCUAUUAUGGGUUAUGAAAGGUUCAUAUUUUGGUUUUAGGACUCUCAAACAACAGAUUGACAUGCAUGAAACUUUCUUAUAUUAUGUAUUUAUUUUUUACCUUAUUUGUUCAACGUUAAACGAUUCUUUUUUAAAACGCCUCCAGUGAUUAGUCGAUUUCAAUUAAAGCUGUGUUUGUGAGCUUUUAACGCUUCAAGAGCGACACCUAGUUGUAAAGAAUGAAUUUGCGCUUUUCAUUCAGACCAACGCGAAAAUAUGGGCGGGCAACAUGAAACGGCUUGGGACUCCUUUUAAAAAAAGACUGGUUUCAAUUCAGGGUAGCAUCUCUCUUUUGAGCGACAAUAACUUUAUACACGGUGCGCUUUCAGACUGAAAACUUUGCAGGACGUUUUCAUUCAGCUGUGUUACGCACUGCAUGAAAGGUCAUCCUCAAAAAUCCAUAAUUAGGGCACUUUAAGACUGUGGAUCACACACCAAAAUGUGUAACUCUUUCCAAAUAAAGGUAUGUACAUGUAGGGGGAAAAGUAAUCUGUAUAUAUGAUACUGAUUGUGAGCCACAAAAACUAUAAACUGUUUCUUCAAAUCCGAUUGGCUAAUCGCAACAUUGUUCCAGGCUCAACAAAAAUGUAAGGUGACUAAAUAAUGCUUAGAUUAACUUCUAAAAAUAAGGAAAGUUUUGUUUUAGGCAUAUGAUCUAAUAGAAUUAAUAAUAUAAUAUGACCGAUACUAUCAGCUGGUUCCCAGUGAGCUCUUUAUGCAUUUGUAACAUCAACCCUCGCAUUCUAUAUGAUUCAGGGAAUUUUACUGGUUUAAACAAGACAUGUGAAUAGUAUAUUAAUAGUAGUCUAUAGUUCAUGAAAUAUUGCACACAGAAAAAAGAGUGGGCAAGAGAAAUGGGGGGUGGCAGUGAUCAGAGAAUAAGGACACUUUACCCAAACUACAUUAACUUCUACUGGCCCCUCAACUGCAGCAAGAAACGUUUCAGAAACGUUGCAUUCUAAUGCUACGUACCAUAUAUACUGAAAAUGGCCUACGGACAGACAGUUUCUUUUCUACUAGUUCUGCACGCGGCAAAUCCAGUAGUUUAUUACUAUCAAAGCUACCUCAUCAGAACUGCUCACAGGUAGAACUUACAGCAGACCGGAAACCGGAUGAAUCCAAUCGUUUCCACACCAAACAUUUAGUAUUAACACUCAGAUAUGAUUAAAACUCCACUAUAUGAAGCCACUGAAGGAUAGGACCAAAUGCUUUUUGCAACACAGUAACUAUAAAACUGAAUCAACACUGCUUUUGUUCUUUCUCUGAGCAUUACGAACACACAACAGCAAUCUCUGUGAGAGGAAACACUGUACAGCACAACACAAUUAAGGUAAUCGGAUUGCGGAACUGUUAAGUACCAAGAAAUCAGUCGAGAAAAAUGCAAACAUCAAAAUCCAGACAACAUUUAAAUAACUGUGCCAACACCAAUUCAAGCAUUGUCUGGACUGUUCAUCAAACAUCAUUUAGCAUUUUUCAUUGAGUAACUGACCAUGGAAUUGGAGGUCUAAUGCAAUAGAAAAAAAUAAUUUUUUUUUGUGUCAUGAUCAUGUAAGCCAGCAGCACAACCAAGUAGUUUUGCACAAGCAAAGGCAGGGAUGACACCUGAUUUGUUCAUCUGAGCACUUCAGUGUGUGUGUGUGUGUGAACAGCUUUUGCAAA